UCCUACUAUAUCAGCUGGAACAGAUAUGACACUUUAAUCUUGCUUGCAUCGGUGUCGAUCGGUAUAAUAGGGCGUGAAUAAGGUGAUAAAGAGGAUCUAAAGUCUUCCAAUUAUGAUAAGAGUUAAUGUACGAAUGACUAAGGGAAUAUGUACGAUUAACGUACUGUAUAUAUAUUUAGUGUUGAUAGAAUCCUCAAUGUUCUUAUAUAAGCUGCAAGAGCAUGUAUUUUAAAGUCAAACGAAUGAAGCCUAUUCUCCAGUCAUUCUUCACUGUUUCUCAGAGACACUUCAGUAAAAUGGUGAAGGCAAAGAGAUAUAUACUAACAAAACAUUUUGAAGGUGAACCAAAACCAACUGAUUUACAAUUAGUUGAAGAAGAAUUACCACCUGUUCGGAAUGGAGAAUUUCUUGUUGAAGCAGAGUUCCUUUCUGUGGAUCCUUAUAUGCGUCCUUAUGUCCUGCGAUAUCCUGUGGGUAUAACAAUGAUUGGCUCACAGGUGGCCAAAAUUAUUGAAUCAAAAAAUUCAGAUUUUCCAGUUGGAAGAAAAAUAUUAGGUUAUUUCGGAUGGAGAACACAUACAAUUGUAACUCAACAGAUGUUAAAUGAAAGUGACAGUGUACUUACAAAACCGGCUCUUCUACCUAAGAUAGAUUUGUCAUCAUCGCUGUUUUUAGGAGUUUUAGGAAUGCCAGGAUCUACAGCAUACUUUGGACUAUUUGAAAUUUGUACACCAAAACAAGGGGAAACUCUUGUUGUUAGUGGUGCAGCAGGAGCUGUUGGUUCUCAUGUUGGUCAGCUGGGAAAGCAUGUUGUUGGAAUGACUGUUAUUGGAAUUGCUGGUUCGGAUGAAAAAUGCAAAUGGCUCGUUGAGGAGCUUGGUUUUGAUCAUUGUAUUAAUUAUAAAACUGAAAACGUUGCUGCUGCUUUGAGAAAAGCUGCACCAAAAGGAGUUGAUUGCUAUUUUGAUAAUGUUGGAGGGGACAUCUCCAGUACAGUAAUAUAUCAGAUGAAGGAAUUUGGUCGUGUAGCUGUGUGUGGAAGUAUUUCCUCGUAUAACGCGGAUGCCUCGUCUUUACCAAAAACAACCAUCCUGCAACCUGUAAUGGUCUUCAAUCAAUUAAAAAUGGAAGGUUUCCUUGUUCAUCGUUGGGCUGGUCGUUCUGCCGAGUCAAUACAGAAGAAUCUUCAGUGGAUACGUGAAGGAAAACUUCAGUAUCGUGAAUCCGUCACAAAAGGUUUUGAAAAUAUGUUUGAUGCAUUUGUUGGCAUGUUGAGUGGAAAUAAUGUCGGUAAAGCUGUUGUUCAAGUUUGAUAACAAAUACUUACAUUUAUUAUACCUGUAAACUUUAAAUACAAAUUCUUUAUUUUAGUA